AUGCCGAAUUGUCAACUCGUUGCGACUCCGACGCAACCCGCAGAAUCUAAGCCCAUAUCGAAGCACGCUGGUCGACGAGACCCCCGACGAGUCGAGGCGAGAGAACCGCACGUGAUGAUCCAGACACCUGCCACGCACCACCACCAACCAUGGUGCCGAAGUCCCAACAGCCCGGACGACCAGGUAUUCGCCGCAAGUACGUUUUCGUGGAGUGUCCCGGACGACACGAUGCUCGAGGCGCACGACAUUGAGCUGCUCCAGUACUUUCUGUCGUAA